GCAGCUCGCCGGAGGGAAGGAGGCCCAGCGAAGAUGCACGCCAAGACGGACUCGGAGGUGACCAGCCUCGCCCCCUCCUCCCCACCCCGCUCCCCACCCCGCGCCGGCAACGGCCCCAACCCCGGCUCCGGCGGUGUGAUGCGCGGCGCGGUGUACUACGUGCAGAGCCCGUCCCGCGACUCGCACGACGGCGAGACCACCACCAAGGCGGCCACCACCCCGGCUCUGAGCCCCAUGGCCUCCCCCCGCCACUCCCACUCCAGCUCCAGCCGCUUCUCCCGCGGCGGCAAGGCCCCGCGCAACAAGGGCGGCAAGGGGUGGCAGGAGAUCGGCGUCAUCGAGGAGGAGGGGCUGCUGGACGAGGAUGAGCGCAGGCCCAUGCCCAAGCGCUGCAAGUACUGCCUGAUUUUCGUCGGCUCGUUCGUGGUGCUCUUCACCUUCUUCGCGCUCGUGCUCUGGGGCGCAUCCCGCUCCCAGAAGCCCCAGAUCGCAAUGAAGAGCAUCACGUUCCAGAACUUCAUCAUCCAGGCGGGCACGGACGCGUCGCUGGUGCCGACGGACAUGGCGACCACGAAUGCCACCGUCAAGUUCACCUACAAGAACACCGGCACCUUCUUCGGCAUCCACGUCACCGCCGACCCAUUCACGCUCUCCUACUCCCAGCUCAACCUCGCCGCCGGAGACCUGAAGAAGUUCUAUCAGGGGCGGAGCAGCCGUCGGACGGCGAGCGUGAGCGUCAAGGGGAACAAGGUGCCGCUGUACGGCAGCGGGCCGACCCUGAUGGCGCAGCCCGCGGCGGGAGGGAAGGGCGCCGGCAAGGUGCAGCCCGUGCCGAUGACGCUCUCGACGACGGUGCGGUCUAAGGCGUACGUGCUGGGGGCGCUGGUGAAGCCGCGGUUCACCAAGAGGGUGGAGUGCAAGGUGGUCAUGGACCCGGCCAAGCUCAACAAGGCCAUCUCGCUGGAGAAGGCGUGCCAGUACUCCUGAAUUCCGAUCCAGCGGGUUGAUGAGUAAUCGUCA